GAGCUUAGCGGUUCUGUCAGCCUCCUCCACCGCUCGUUCUCCAUUUGGUUCUUUCUCUUUGAGUGCACGACGUUGUGUUAAAGAUGGCAGAAGCUUUCGUCGGCACGUGGAAGCUUAAGGAGAGCAAGCAUUUCGAUGAGUACAUGGCAGCUCUCGGUGUCGGUUUUGCAGUACGCCACGUUGGCAGCAUGACCAAACCCACCACCAUCAUUUCCAUUGAUGGUGACAUCAUCACAGUAAAGACUGUCAGCACCUUCAAGAGCACGGAAAUCCAGUUCAAGCUGGGAGAGGAGUUUGAUGAAACCACAGCAGACGACCGUAAAGUCAAGUCAGUGGUGACUCUUGAGGGGAACAAACUGGUCCAUGUUCAGAAAUGGGAAGGCAGAGAAACGUCACUUGUCCGAGAAGUUGAUGGGAACAAACUCACCCUGACGCUAACACUUGACCAGGUGGUCUGCACACGAUUCUACGUGAAGGAGUGAAGUUUUUCCUACAACUGUCUGUUCUGAUUGAAAAAGCCUUUACCUUGUCAAGUGUGUUUCCAACAGCUGUCAGUAGUCCAGGUCACUAAAAAACAAGAAUAAAAUCUCAGCUUACGUCUCCAA